UGCAAAAUUGACUUCUUAUGUUUUCUAAAUUAAUUAUGUACUAGUCCUUUCAGGAUAUGACUGUUGAUUUUUUUUUUUUGAAAGCAAAUAUCAUCGCUGAAAAGCCUAACAACAGGCAUCUGCAUACAAGGGGAUGAUGGCCAUUGAUGGUGUCUAGCCAAAGAUUUCUCUUGAUUCCUCUCCCUCUAAACUUAUGUCCUGUAAUCCUCUGUGUUUGCCCUCAGAUUAUGGAUGCAUGGCUCUGUGCUUGCUCAUGCUUUGAUGUUUUACCAGCAGUUUAACUUUAACUUCACUAGUAAAGUGCUUGAUUAGUUAAAGAUUUCUCUGUGGAAAAUUGGUGAAUUCAUCAAGUGCACCCUUUAGUAUAUCAAUCAAGGAGUUUAUCUCGUAGUGAUGUCAGCUGCAGCUGGGCAAAAAUUCUAACUUGCUCGAGCAAACCAUCGACUCCAAUUACUUUUUUGUUUUUCAUUAUUUUUCCCUCAUAAUUGAAAGAAUGCCUUCUUUUUCAAAUAUUUCUUGAGACUUUGUCAGAGCAUGUUAGCAGACAGCUUUCAUGAAACCUCUAACUUGAGUUUGUGAUAUCCCUGAUAUCACUAUCAAAUUCUUGUUAGAAGUUUUUGUGAUGUCACUAGGGCUACAGUUGCAUUUUCGCUUUCAAAUGUAGUGUUAAUCAUGUAUAUCCUUGGACAGGUGGUGCCUGGUGAUGUUUGCUUAUACUAAAUUUUAUUAGUUUAUUACCAAAACAUAGAAUUUCUUCACUCCGUUUCUUUAUUUAAUCCAACUGCGAACAGAGACCAUAUUUGUAUCUUCCAAUUGAGAAAAUUUCCAUGGCUGAAAAAAGCAAGAUUUUGGUGAUUGGAGGGACUGGAUAUAUAGGAAAAUUCAUAGUAGAGGCAAGUGCCAAAUUGGGUCACCCCACUUUUGCAUUUGUAAGAGAAAGCACGGUUUCAUCAAAUCCUGAAAAGUCCAAACUCAUUGAGAGUUUCAAGAGCUCUGGAGUAACGUUGAUCUAUGCAUAUAUCCAUGAUCAUGAGAGCCUGGUGAAGGCGAUCACGCAAGUGGAUGUUGUGAUCUCCACAGUGGCUGCUUUGCAGGUGCCUGAUCAAGUCAAGAUUAUUGCUGCAAUUAAAGAAGCUGGAAAUGUCAAGAGAUUCGUUCCAUCAGAAUUUGGCACAGACGUUGAUAGAACCCAUGCAGUGGAACCUGCUGCAAGCAUUUUCGGGCUCAAGGCUAAGAUCCGGAGAGCCACUGAGGCUGAGGAGAUCCCCUACACUUACAUUGUGUCCAAUGGCUUCGCUGGAUACUUCUUGCCUACUUUGGGACAGCCAAAUGCUCAAGUUCCUCCUAGAGACAAGGUUGUCAUCCUGGGAGAUGGAAAUCCCAAAGCAAUUUUCGUCGCAGAGGAAGAUAUAGCAACUUACACUAUAAAGGCAGUGGAUGACCCAAGAACCUUGAACAAGAUCUUGUAUAUGAGACCCCCAGCUAAUAUUUUAUCCUUCAAUGAGAUCGUUGCCCUAUGGGAGAAGAAGAUUGUCAAGACCCGGGAAAAGAUCUAUGUUCCAGAAGCCCAACUGCUCAAGAACAUUGGAGAGGCUCCUCCUCCCAUGAAUUUAAUUUUGGCCCUCUGCCACUCUGCUUUAGUGAAGGGAGAUGCUACAAACUUUGAGAUAGAGGCCUCUUUUGCGGUGGAGGCUUCUGAGAUUUAUCCUGAGGUUAAAUACAUUACGAUUGAUCAAUUCCUUGAUAAGUUUGCUUAAGAUCACGAUUAUAAGAUAUUACCUGUCAGCCUUUAUUUGUGUGGUCACUGGUCGGUGUACUCUUGUUCUUGUGAUUGUGUCAAAUGUAUCUUUUCGGUUCGUUUGGUUGGGGUCAGGAGUUGUAUUGUUAGCUUGUUACUAUAAAAAUAAAGGAUAAUUACUAUUUAAUUUUUAAGUAUUAUAAUUAUUCAUUAGUUAGUGUCUCAAUUUUAAGAAUUAUUUUACUUAAUCUAAUUUCAUUAAAUUAAAUGAUACCAAUGGAGCAAAAUGAAGUUAAGAAAGAAACUUCUCUCUAUAUUCUCUAUUUUCUACUCUCUCUCUCUAAUCUUUAUUUUUA